CAUACAUUCCGCGGGUUGGUGAUGUGCCCCGAACGCGUAUGAACCGUGGCCGCGCCCACGCCCAGAAAAUCCCGGGGAACCGAAGAGAAACCAUAAUGAGGAAAGAGAUAAUGAGAUGGUAGUUGUGCCUCGUCGUCGGCCAUUUUGUUUUUAUUAUUCCCCGCUUUUAAAGGCUGGGAAUCAAUAGGUCUUCUGUGUGACGGCAUUCGAUUCACGGGUGCCCCAUGGCCAGCCCGUGGUCCUCGGGCGACGCUGAGGGCACGCGGGCUCCGAGACAUGGAUGACAAAGUGUUAGAAGGAAGGAAAAGGGAUUUCGAAUUGCAGCGUUCCCUUUGCGACACUGGGAGGCCCGCGGUUUCCCCGUAUGUUAAAGUCCUUCUGGGUUCCUGCACCAUGGCACUCGGGGACGGGACUCGGCUCUCAGUGCAAAGAGGCAGCUGAACUCUGUGUUAAUAAUUUUACUUGAAGAUGGCAGGGCAGUUGUUAUACUUCUCCAGAUAUGGCAUAUCAGCACAUCAAGUUACAAUAAUACACCCGUGAAACCCAUGAUAAGAAGCUAGAAUACGGAGUUCAGGAUUUGCUAACCAAGACUCUCCUUUUUGAGCAACACAAUGGAUCAAAAUCCACAAGAGAUUAUGCAUUCUCUCUUCUCUCUUGAUCCAAGCAUGGAGAACAGAGGCCACCUAUACCCAUAUAACUAUCCAUAUGGACAGUACCCUUAUCCAUAUCACUACCCUUACUCAGCAGCCCAUCCUUCCGUAGCUCACUCAAAUAUCCCGCCUGUAUCUCACAGUAUUCCCCCUCCAUCUUCCCAUCCUGUAAACCAGGCUUCUCAGAGCCUGUCAGCAUCUCAGGCCAACCUUCCAGCAUACAGUACAGGAGUCCAUAGCAUCCGUCCACCCAUGACCAACAUGCGGGAUCAACCUGGUGAUGGCAGGUUACAUCUGUUGCCUGAGAUAGAAAGGCCAUCACAUGACACUCAGCAGACAGCACAAGAUCUGCGAAGUAUGCACAGUGAUUCUAGGUCAUCUGUAGACUCAAGGCAUCAUGCUGCUGAUAUGAGAUCAUCGUCCAGUGAGCACCGCUAUCUAGAUGAGGUGAGAACACUCUCUGCCCAGCCCAGAAAUUCCAGCAGUGAUUCCAGGCACUUGUCAGAUUAUUCACCACAGCCAACAGAUUUGCGAACUCAACCCAUUGAUGCCAGGUUGUAUGGUGAUAUGAGGCAAGUUCCAGAUCAAAGACAUAUUAAUGAGUCUCGGGCAUUGAAUGACCAGAGAACACAAAGGUCAGAGAGUAGUGUCACAGAUGACCAUAGGGUGCAUAUGGGUAGAUCUACUGAUGAGUACAAGUAUGGAGGAAAUUUAGGCAGUUAUAGUAAUCACCCGCUUAACACUCCUCAACACAUUGAAGAACCUCCAUUGUCAGGUGAUCCAAGACCACCAAUCAAUGACAAUAGACCAGGUGAAGAAAACAGGAGUUUAUAUGUCCCUAUGAGAACAUGUACAAAUGAGGAAAGGUUAACAAAUCAUCCAGAAUCACAAAAGUCUUCUGUUUCCCAUGAUUAUUAUAGUAGCAGACCUCAUGUUGGUCACAGUAACCCUUCAGCAAAUGGGGAAGAAUUCACAUCCACACCCACAGGUCAAGAAGGUGUGCAGAAGCCACAUAUGGGGAGUGAAUAUAUACCUGACAUUAGACAGUGUACAAAUGAACAAAAAACACAGUUGAAUAAUCCAGCAUUAACUUCGGAAGAAGUUAAUGAGAGAAAUAUGAAGUAUCCCACAAUUAGUAGUCCAAAUACUUCACUUGGAUUGCUCUCUCAUGCUCUUGGCCAACACCUUGGUGAAGAAGCCAAUAAAUGUGGAAAUGGGACAAAAACUGAUGAUUGCAAUAAUGAUGACAAAAAUUUUUAUGCAAUGAAGGACAGAGACUACAAUGGUGAAAGAAGGAAUGGCCAAGAGGAUUUUGAUGAUAAAGAGUCAAAAACACCUGAAGUGGAUGAAUUAGAGGAUGACUUUGAUUCUGAAGCUUCAUCCUGUGAGUACUCGAGCCCAUACAUUGAAUUCAGUGAAGUAGCACAUGGCAUAUUCAAUAAUGUUAAUAAUUUAGCAGGUCCAAUGAAACCCUUCCAGUGCGAAGACUGUGAUGCAACAUUUACCACAAAAGGUAAUCUCAAAGUACACAAGCGAAUUCAUACAGGAGAGAGACCAUAUGAAUGUGAAGACUGUGGCAAAACAUUUUCAUAUUGUGCGUCUUACCAAUCACAUAAGCUUAUUCACAGUGGACAUAGGCCAUUCAAGUGUGACUUUUGUGAGAGGGCCUUCUUCCGAAGUGAACACUUAGAGCGCCACAGAAGGCGGCACACAGGGGAAAGGCCCUUUAAAUGUACAGAAUGUGAUGCCACAUUUGCUGCAAGUGAUGGGCUUUCAAGACACACUAGAACUCACACAGGUGAGAAACCCUACAAUUGCAAAGAAUGUGGAAUGACGUUUGCCUACAAGUCCACUUAUCUUCGACACAAAGUACUGCACAGUGAGGGGUCAUAUAAAUGCGAAGAUUGUGGUGCUGCUUUCAAAGACCCUGUAAGGCUUGACAAGCAUAUUAAAAAGCAUGAUGACCCAAAUUAUUUGCCAUACACAGAUGAAAGCAAGGCAAAGCCCCAUAAACUUGUGGAAGAUGGAAUAGAAGUAAUUGGUUGUGAAUUUUGCCAGAUGAAAUUUAGACACAAAUCAGAUUAUUACCUUCACAGAAGAACACAUACAGGGGAGAAACCGUAUAUAUGUGAUAUUUGUGGUGCAUCAUUUAUCCGGAGAGCAUACUUGGAUGUACAUAUGAGAACUCACACAGGUGAAAGACCUUAUAAAUGUGAUGCUUGCGAGUCUGCCUUCAAAACUCGUACUGCCUUGAAAUUUCACAGACGCAUUCACACUGGUGAGAGGCCAUACAAAUGUGAACAUUGUGAUUUUGCCUUUGCUCAGAAAUCUGCAAUGAAGGCACAUGUUCGUAUACACACAGGCGAUAAACCCUUCAAAUGUGGUGAAUGUGAUGCUGCUUUCAGACACAGCAGUAGCCUGACCAUUCACAAAAGAACUCAUACAGGAGAGAGACCAUAUUCAUGUGAUGUUUGUGGAGCCUCUUUUGCCCAACGUCCCCACCUUAAUCUGCACAAACGAUCUCAUUCUGGUAUUAAACCACACACUUGUGAUGAAUGUAGUGCAUCCUUCACAAAGAAAGAUUAUCUUCUAGCUCACAAAACCAAACAUGCUGGAGGCAGUGCCAUCAAGAUUGAAGCUAUUGCAGAAACAGCUGGGGAUCAGCUGUUCAAAUGUACAGAUUGUGAAAUGGUGUUUACCCACCAUUCUAGCUUGACAGUUCAUAUGAGAAAACACACAGGUGAAAGGCCUUUUGUAUGUGAAGAUUGUGGAGCAUCUUUCUUAUAUAGUUCAAACUUAACAACUCACCGUCGAAAACACACGGGUGAAAGACCUUACAAGUGUGAUCAGUGUGAAGCUUCAUUCAUAUUGAAGAGUUAUUUGACUAUGCAUCUUAGAAAGCAUUCAGGUGAGAGACCAUUUAAAUGUGAUGAAUGUGAUGCUCGCUUCACACAGAAGACUCAUUUGUCAACACACAGGCGAAUACAUACAGGAGAAUGCCCAUACAAGUGUGAAGAGUGUGGGGAAGCAUUUCGUGAUGGUGCCAAUUUCUGGAGACACAAAAAGAAGCAUUUGAUUGGAGAAGGUGCCGCUACAGUAACUCGUAGAAGAGGGAGAAGAGGGAGAGGGAGAGGAGGAUCUAGAGGGACAAGAGGCGCUAGAAUGGUUCCCACAAGACGCACAACACGCACUCGCAGACCUGUCUUGAAAUUUGAAGACCUUUAUGAGCAAUAUAUUGUAAAUCAAGAUGGCGAACCAAUAUUUCUGAAAGAGGAACUGCAAGAUCUGACAACCAGAGAUGGUGAGGAUGAUGAUGAUGAUGAUCGUCCCUACAUCCCUAUCAAUCCUAUGGUUGAGAUUAAAUUAGAAGGUGAAGAUGAUGAGGAAGAGAAAGAUGGGGAUGAAAGAGAAGAAAAUACAGCUGAGACAGAGUUGCAGGAAGAGGAAUUGAUGGAUGAUACCUGUGAAAAGGAAGUUUCACAGACAGAGCAUGGUGACAAUAAUGCUGAAUCAAUGUCUAAUAAAACAGAUAAUGAAGGUGAAGAUUCAAAUGAAGAAACUAGAAAAAAUGAUGUAGCAGGAGAUGAGUUGCAAGGUUAGGUAGGUUUGUUAGUUAUGUUAGAUUUUUUGGCAUUAUAUUAUUUACAUUUAUAUAUAUGACUUACAGUAUGCAGAGUAUAGAAUAUUUCUUGGUCAUAAGAAACUUAUCUAUUAUACCUAAACAAAAAGACAGUGUAUUUAUAUUAAUAUUUUUUUCAUGGAUCUCAGUGGAAUUAUAUGCUAUGUUAAAUUCUGUUUUCUUUCUUUUAUUUUUUUCUUGUUUAGUUUAGUUUAUGUGAUACUUGUAGAGGACAAGACAAAUGACUUGGUAUUUGUAACUGUGUCCCUGUGGUGUAUGCAGGAGGAUUUCGAUGUGGUGUAUUCUCCAGUGAUCAGUGUUGUAUGAGUAGUGUCAGAGUCGACUUGUUCUUAUACUAGCUUCAGAAUGUUUACAUGUGAUGAACUUGGAACGCGUUUUUCUUGUGAGAGUUCUAAACGUCUUGAUAGAUUACCUGUGGUGUACUUGUUUGUGAUAAAAAGAUAUGCUAAUAUGUUGAUAUUGGUACAUUUAUAUUGAUAGAGAAUUUUUGUUUUAUAUUGUAUCAAAUGGCAUUUAUAUUAGAUGAUGUUAUACCCUGAAUGACUUUAGAUUCAAAAUAUGAUAUUAAAUUUUCAUGGACUUGAAUCUGUCUGGUUUAUAGAUUUUUAAAAUUACAUAAUUUGCAUCAUAUAGCAAAAAGAAAGAAUCUUUCAAUUGUAAACAGGUACUAGUCAUAAUAAAUAUGGAGUCAUAUUUUGAUGUUUACAGUGAAGGAAUAAUUGUUGGAAUGUAUUUGUUUGAUGUCUUAGACUGAGCUGUAAAUAGCAAACUUUAGACAUUUUCUACAUUAGGAGAUGUAUUGAAUUGUUUGUGAAAUGUACAACUGGGGAAAUAAAUUGUGAAUUCCGAA